GAGAGAGAGAGAGAGAGAGAGAGGAGGGGAAACAAGACGGCUAAACUUCACCGGCAGAGGGAGAAGGGGAUUGCCGAACUGCAGCGCGUGAACAGAUUUGGAGUUCCACAGAGAGAGCAGAAACACAGAGAGCAGAACCUGAAGUGCUGUGCUUGAGCUGGGCCUCGAGAACCACAACCGUGAGUAAGUACGAGUCUGCAGUUUUGGACAGACAGACAGACAGAGAGAGAGAGAGAGAGAGAGAGAGAGAGAGCGCGAGAGAGAAAGUGGAUCAAAGUGACCAAAGGAAAUAGCAGCACGAAAACAACUCCAAACAAGUAGAGUAGAGAGGGAGAGGGACGCAGACGCGACGGAGGGAUGUCGUCCCAGAUGGCCAAAUCGUCGGCACAGCGGCUGAGCCGGGACCUGACGUGCUCCAUCUGCCUGGAGAUCUUCAAGCAGCCAGUGUCCCUGCCGUGCGACCACACCUUCUGCGAGGCCUGCAUCUCGGGCUACUGGUCUCGGCCGAGGGGCCACGCUCAGGGCCAGGGCCAGGGCGGCGGCGGAGGAUGCACCGGCUCCUGCCCUCAGUGCCGCAAGCUCUUCCCCGGCCAGACCUACCGACGCAACCGCAUUGUGGCCAACAUCGUGGAGAGCUACUGCCAGGGCCUGGAGGAGAGUGGGGCAGCACUGGCCGGGGGCGGUGGAGGGGUCAGCGGGGGUGUUGUGGGUGUUGGGGGUGUUGGGGGCGUUGGUGCGGGCGUGAGCCCCAAACCUGCGCCCCUGUGUGGGAGGCACAGGGAGGAGCUGAAGCUCUACUGCGAGGAGGACCAGGAGCUGGUGUGUCUGGUGUGCGGCCUGUCCCAGGACCAUCGGAGCCACACACUGGUGGGCGUGCAGGAGGCUCAGCAAAGAUACAGGGCCUCUCUGAACAGUGCCAUGAGUGCCCUGCAGGGGGAGCUAAACACUGCCUUAGAGUGCGAGCGAGAAGCAGAACGAGAGGUCAAGAAACUCAAGGAGCACACUGCAGACCUGAAGCAGCGUAUCGAGGCCCAGUUCAGCGACCUGCACCAGUUCCUGUACCAGGAGGAGAAGCUGCUGCAGGUGAAGCUGAAGACGGAGGAGCGGCGCGAGCUGAUCCGCCUGGACGAGCACAAGGCCGUGCUCAGCGUGGAGAUCUCGCGCCUCCGCACCGCCCUGCAGGACAUCCAGGACAAGCUCCGCGAGCAGGACCCCUUCGCCCUACUCAAGAACAUAAAGACUCUGCUCCAGAGGCAGCCGAUGAAGUUUGAGAAGCCCACCCACACUGCGCCGAGCCUGUGUGAGGGACGCUUUGCCGGCCCGUUGCAGUACCGUGUCUGGAAGUCCCUGAAAGGCAGCAUCUACCCAGUGCCCUCAGCCAUCACCUUCAACUCCAGCACGGCCAACCCGUGGUUGAGCCUGACGUCAUCACUGACCUGCGUGCGCUACCAGACGUUCAACAGUAGCGUGCAGGACAACCCGGAGCGCUUCAACGCGGCGCUCUCGCUGCUGGGCAGCCAGGGGUUCACUCACGGCCGCCACUACUGGGAGAUCGAGGUCUACAGCAGCACGGUGUGGACGGUCGGCGUGGCGCGCGAGUCCGUGCCCCGCAAGGGCGUCAUCAAGGCCCUGCCCGCCAACGGCUUCUGGACGCUCUCGCUGUCCUACGGCGUCCAGUACAUGGCUGGGACGUCGCCACCGACCAUGCUCUCGCUGGAGGAGCCUCUGGCCAGGAUCGGCGUGUACCUGGACUACAAGCGCGGCCUGGUGUCCUUCUACAACGCUGAGAGCAUGACGCACCUGUACACGUUCCACGAGACGUUCGGCGAGACGCUCUACCCGUACUUCAACCUGGGCUUCCUGGACAAGGUGCAUGAGAAUGAGCCUCUCAAGGUGUUCCUGCCCAAGAUCUGAGAUCUGAGCCAGGCAGCCUCUCUUCAGCAUCUCUGAGCGGUCAGGGACAGCGGAGAUGCUUCAGCCCAGAUAUAAUCAAAUAAUCCUCUUCAAUGUGUAUUUAAAGUGAGCCUUUGGAAAAAAAAAUAUUUUGUACUGGGAAUACAAAAACAAGCUUUGCGAUGCAAACAGACUUUUCAAAGGGAAUGAAUAUCAAAUGCACAGAGCCAGAGUCGUUUUGGGUGAUUUUUGUGGAUUGGUCAUUUUCUGAGAUGUCAUUUUAAUUUUCUUUAUUACUAACCAAGGGGACACUCUGCAGGCAGGUGUCAGUCAUUCAUCAUGAGUGUGGAGAUGUGAAUGGAGGGUAAAUGACACGUAAUGUACACAAGGGUUAUGUGUGGAGAUGAUCACAGGAGAUGAUAACUCAGCAGUGGGCGAGAUGGGAAGGGAGGCAGGCGACACCUGUUAUGUACACGAGGGGAAUGUGUGAAAACAUCACAGGGACGGGUGACCAAUCAAAUAGCUGCUAUCUGAAUGCUAUUUUGAAUCUAUUGCAGGUUAGAGCAUUUUUGAAAUGGUCUACAAAUGGUCUGGUCGACAUUUUACAUAAAAAUCAACUCCGUCACCCUGAAAGCAGAAAUGUGGGGGUCAAAGCACAAUGCUGUAGGCCUACACAUAACUAAUCCUGAGAAAGUGCCUUCAUCAUAUCUAUUCGGAGCAGUGGGCGAGGCGGAAGGGCAUGGUGGGAUAUGUGAAAAGAUCAGGGGGAAGGAUGACUAUAGGCAACAGAGACAAAUAUUAAGAUCUCAGAAAUAUAUGGUUCUGAGAGUUGACUGAGAUUAUUGUUUUUCAUAACAUUGAAUGAAAGUAGCAUAAGUUAAUGUAAUAAGUUAAAGGUGAUAGGGGGACCCCCUGAGGAACUCAAAGAACUGCUAGAUUCAGUUCUACAUGUAUAGAAAUUAGUUUAGCUUUGAGUAAAUCUGACCAAAAGGACAUGUGUCAUUGUGCUGUACUGAAGACCAUUGGUCCAAGAGGACACGUGUCAUUGUACUGUACUGAAGACCAUUGGUCCAAGAGGACCAACAGGGAGGUGCUAGAUUGUGGUGCUCUGUGUCUGGUUAACACUUCACGUUUUUCUGACACAACAUAAUGUGACUAUGCAAUUCCCGGUUUUCAGGAACAAAGUAAGAACCUCAGAUUUUUGACAUGAUUCUGUAAGCAUGCAUUUGAUUCUUAAACAUGAUUCUGUAAGCAUGCGUUUGACUUUUUUGUUAACUAUAUAGGUUAGAUUGUUUCAAAAUACAGAAGAUCUCAUGUCAAAUAGUUGUACUCCUUGAUCAUUGAUCUUUUUCUUAUAUUAUUGGAGACAUUUGAAACUGACAAUUGUAUUUUUUUUUCUUUCACUCUGAAUGCAUUUACAAUGAUGGGGAGUAUAAUCCUGUGAAACACCACAAUGUAUUACUUAAUGUAUUUCCACAUUAACAAAAUAAAUAUACAUCGGACGCACA